CCGAUGCUAUCUUCCCAAAUCAACACCCCAAAAGUUUCAACCGAUGCAUAUACAGAAAAAGUUAUCUUUUUUAGCUUCAUGGCACAAAUAUUGUUUUAAACAAUAUAUAUAUAAAUCAGUGUAGUAUGAGAGAAAGAGAGAGAGAGAGAGAGAGAUGCAUGCUAUCUGGGUCUCCCUUAAGGAGACAGCUAACUGUAGAGUAAAGCUGACGAAUGUGGUUAGCCGGGCCGGAACAUGUGGAAACAGAAGUGAAAAGGAUAUACUGGAACGUGAGCCUGCCCAUUGCACGGCAACUCCGAUUCGCAAGGCUAUUUUCGGCCAGACGCGAACAUUGCUUUAUGGGUUGAACACUGGAGACCCAUCAAGAAACAUCGUUGAGCUCAUCUUUCAAAGAGCGUCCAUGAACCCCUCUAAGCCAUCAAGAAAGAUAAAAACUGUCCUCAAGGUGAAGAAUUCCGUAGAAAUUCUUGACAGGUUUGAAGAAUAUAGAGAGAAGGUGAAGAAGAAAGCCUACGAGAGAUAUAAAAGGAAUCCAAGAAGCACGGUGGACGGGAACGAGCUGUUACGAUUCUAUGGCUCUACUAUGGUUUGCUGCAGUGGCAAGUCAAAGCGAGUAUCUGAAUUGUGUAAAGAUCCCAUUUGUGAAGUCUGCAGGAUUAUUGAAUCUAAUUUUGACACAGAUCGCACCAGAAGAUAUGGUGUCCGUUUGAGUACUGGUAGUGACGACUCGAGUGAGAACAUGAUUGCCACUACAAGAGUGAACAAUAUAAAGAGGGCUGUCAUCGUUUGCAGGGCAAUUGCUGGGAGCAUAGGUAAUAUGUGGGAUGGGGAAUAUGAAGGUUUUGAUUCAGUGGGAAGUGGGCUGCUUUCUAACUUGGAGUGCUUGAUAGUGCCAAAUCCAAAUGCUAUACUUCCCUGUUUCGUUAUAGUUUUUGACUGAUCCGGAUGUUCAUGUAUAUCUUUUUGCAUUGAGCAAUAAUAAUCCAGCUCAGAUUUGCUUAUAAUUUAACUAAUGCCAUUAAUGUAAUAGCUAGAAACCAGACACGUUGUUUUGCAUUCCAUUACU